AUGUGCUAUAUUGAAAAUUUUGGUGCUAUGUAUCCUAUGCCUAGCGCCCCAGCACCAAUUAUUAACAUCAGGUUUAACGCUGCGAAGCUGCCCGUUAGCUUUUCCUUCGCGGUUUUUGGAGACCUUGACAAAGCACCGCACCGACGGCUACCCAAGGCGCAAACGCAAGCUCGUGUGCUGGUGGCUUUAAUUAUGCGGAAAAACACAAGCAGACGUCGGCGGUGGAGCUCCCGCCUACAUAUGAGUCUUCGCGCCCGCCAGCGGAAAACGCGCACCACCCGACUCGGCUUUAGCGUGUGGGCAACAUGGUCACCUUUGGCCGAACAAUAUCAGCGGCGCGGUUGGAUAGUACUCAAAGUGCAUAGUGAGAGUAAAAGGGAUGAUGAUGUUGAGGCGGCUUCGAGUAUAAUUCCAUUCAAUCACCAGCCAAGCAACGACAUUGAAUCCGAAAAUUCCCGGAAUUAA